CCAGCCCUGCUCAGCCACAUCCACACUCCUCUGAUAGAAUGAAUGCCCUCGAUGGCAUCUCCUUCAAGGUGCCCAAUGGCUUUGUGACAGGCACAGAGCCCCUUCCUGGGCUAGAGCUCAGCAUCCCAGCUUGCAGGGAGCUUCUGCUGGGCUCUAUGCACGAUUUCAGCCUGGAGAGGAAGGCGCUCUUCUGGGUGGAGGCUGUCCUCCGGGGACCCUGCCCGGUCCGGUGCGACGCCCCGGGAACGGCGUCAGCCCCUCCCGCCUGGCUCUUGCUGGUCAGUCCGGACCUAGUGCCCGCACCUGCCGCAGACACAGGCCCUGAGGCCGGGCACCAGGGCGAGCAGGAGGAGCAGGGCGAGGACCGCGACCAGGAGGAAGCCGCCUCUGCCGAGGAGGAGGAGCCGGAGCCCCGCAGCCCCCCGCCCGGCUCCCCCGCGAGCCCCGGCCCCGGCCCCGCCCGCUACUCGCUGGACGUGCUGCGCGGCGUGAGGUCGGAGCUGGCCGGGGCGCGGCGGCGGCUCUCCGAGGGCAGGCUGGCCGCCCGGCCCCGCGCGCUCCUGCACCGCCUCCGCCAGCGCGCGCUGAGCCUCUGCCCCGGCCCCGCGCCCCCGCCCGCGCCCGCGCCCGCGCCCCCCAGCGCCCCGGCGCCGCCCCCGCGGCCCUCCACGGCCGGCGCCGUGCCCCCGCUGCGGAGCCACAAGCCCACGGUCGCGUCCCUCAGCCCGUACACCUGCCUGCCACCUCUUGGUGGGGUGCCUCAGCGUCCUAGUGCCUGCAGAUCACACCCUGCUUCUGCUGACCUGCUGUCUGCCCUGAGCCAGGAGGAGCAGGACCUCAUUGGGCCAGUGGUUGCCCUAGGGUAUCCUCUGCAUAGGGCCAUUGGGGCUCUGCAGAAGACAGGGCGGCAGAGCCUGAGCCAGUUUCUCAGCUACCUUAGUGCCUGCGACCGGCUGCUGCGGCAAGGCUACGAGGAGGGGCUGGUGGAGGAGGCCAUGGAAAUGUUCCAGUUCUCUGAGAGCCAGGCAGGGGAGUUCCUGCGCCUCUGGGAACAGUUCAGCGACAUGGGCUUCCAACAGGACCGGAUCAAGGAAGUGCUGCUGGUCCACGGCAAUCGCAGUGAGCAAGCCCUGGAGGAGCUGGUAGCCUGUGCCCAGUGAUGGCUGGUGCAUUCCACAAUGCCUGUGCAUCCCCGUCCCGCACCAGACCUGGAAAUCCAUUCUAACUGUAUUAUUAAGACUACGUAAGAGGGGUGCCCAGCUGGCUCAGUUGGAGGAGGAGCAUGUGGCUCUUGAACUCAGGGUUGUGAAUUUGAGCCCCACGUUGGGUGUAGAGAUUACUUUAAAAAAUAAUAAACUUAAAAAGAUUAUAUAAGAGUAACAGUGAUGCAUGCUCUUUGUAAAAAUGUAAAUAAUCCCAAAGGUAGAGGUAAAUACUGUAGGGGAAGCAAAACUUUACCCAUUUUUGGUUUUCAGUUGGGGCACCUCAAGGAAAAGACAGAUUAAGAAGAGAAAAACAGAUUAAUGCAUGUAGCACACAUCGUGUGGGAGAAACCUCAAUGAAAAGCAACUCAAAGCAGCAGUUAGAACUCUGGCUUAUAUAACAUCUUCAACAAAGAGCAGUGAAUUUGUAGAGAAAUGACAGAAUAAAGGAAACCAGUUUCGGGCUUCCAGGGAUGGCAUGCUGUUGGGUGAGCAGGGUGGUGUAAAUAUGAGGAAGCAGCAAAAUGAGUAGGUUUGUUUGCAGAUUCCUCUGGAGCUUGUCUGGGCUGAUAAGAAUCUGUCUCCAGAAAAGGAGAAUUUAUACCUGUAGGCAAAAAGUGGGGCUAGGGUCGAGGGAGCUUUUUUUUCUGCAUUUGUUCCUUCUUAAUUACCUUCUACUUAAAAUAAUUUUUAUGUCAAAGAGACAUAUUUUGGGGUGACAUUCUGGUCUUUUUCAGUACUAAAACAAUUGGCUGAAAGAGUUGAAAGUGGUUGCCUCCAGGGAAGAGCAGAUGGAGAGCAUGGACAAGGAACUGUGUUUUUUCCUACAAGCUUUGUAAAACUACCUGUCUUUAAACUAUACACAGUAGUAACUGUGAUUUUAAGAAUAUUA